GCCGCGUUCGCUCGUGCAGCCGCCGUAGUCUCAUCCGACGGUGCGUCGCAGGGCCACGGGGCGCCCGUAGAGUACCAUGGACGCGCAGCGACCGCGGGCCCGUUUCCACCUGACGCCGUUCCAGAAGUUCUGCGUCCGAUGGAGCGUGUUCUAUGACUCGUCCUCGGACCGGCUGUCCAGGGUUGAGACGACGCUGCGCGUGUACCAGCUGACCACCAUCAUGGUCACGUCCGGGCUGACCAUGUACCCGAUACUGUUCGAGGACAACAAGAAGGCGCUCGAGUCGCUGACGUACUUCAUCAUCUGCGCGUUCCUGCUAUCCCUGAUCGUGCUGGCCAUCCGCACCAAGCGGUACAACCGGGCCAUGCUGCUGAUGGUCGAAGACGAGUUCCCCGGCUACGGUGGGCCCGUGCCGGACGCGCUCCGGCGCAAAAUGUCCGCGAUACGCUCGUCCUACGGCCGGUUCACCAUGCACAUAAUUGUCUCGUACCUCGCGCUCGUCGUGUUCGAGAUCCCGGCCACGGGCAUGGUGCCCCUGGUCGCCGCCAGCUUCACCGAUGCCAAGUUGGGCUCGCAGUCCACGCAGAUGGUGGUCAUGUGGUUCCCGAUGGACACGUCCGAGAUAAAAAUGUACGCGGUGUCAAUGGUCAUUCAGUUUUUUAUCGUGUUGACUGUAAAGUUCAUAAUUACCGGUAUCAUGUGUUCGUUUUCGUUUUUCGUCAACCAAAUGAUUACCGAGUUUCAAAUACUGGCCACGUUCAUCGAGCACGCCACUGAGAUCGUGGAGUACGAUCGGUCCACCAACAGGACCACCGAGCAGAAGCUCUUGGAUCACUUGAAGAUGUGCACCAAGCUCCACAACCGUUUGAUAUUUUACAAGGACCAGCUGAACGAGAGCUACGGGUUCAUCAUACUGCUCGAGCUGAUGUUCAGCACGUUGUACUUCUGCCUGUCCGCGUUCAACAUGAUAUUCGUCGGCAACAAGUUUGUGAUGGUCAAGGGCCUGCUGACGUUGAGCAACUACUUGGCCGAGCUGUUCAUCUUCUGCAUGUAUGGCAGCAUGGUCGAGGACGCGCACAUCAACUUGCUGAGAGCCUCAUACAACUCAAAGUGGUACGCGCAACCGUUGCGCAGCAGGAGAUCAUUGAUGAUGGUCAUGUACAGGUCGCAGACGCCGUUACAGUUGACAGUCGGCAAGGUGUUCAUAGCCAACUUGCCGUUGUUCCUGUCCGUGCUAAAGGUCUCUUACUCGGGCGUCAAUGCGCUAAGGGCAGCGAACGCCAAGUAAAGAGAGAGAGAGAGAGAGAGAGAGAGAGAGAGAGAGAAACAAAGAGAGAAAGGGGUAUAAGAGUGAAGAUACAUCGAAACUGUUCUCGUUAUCGAUACAAAACGUAUACAGUAUAGAGCAAAAAUACUAAGUCAGGUAAAAACUGUACGUUGGAAACAUUUAUCACGGCUAAAACAUAUCGUUUAUCAUAGGUAAGGCUAAGUGCGGUCAAAACGAUUGCCUAUAAACAGUACUCGCUGACUUAGUACUUCUGUUCCACUCUGUAUGUAUUAUACAUUCUUACAGUGGUUUUGGUAGGCUACAAAUAAAAUUUUCUGUUUGUGACCAUAGCACGCACAUAUCGAUGAUAUAUUAUGUAGUGAUAUUUUAAUAUAUACGGUAACGGUUGGUCCCGUAUUUGCUCAAGAUCGUCUACUCGGGUGCCGCGUUGACUUGUGCGCAACUAGGGCCUAAAUAUCAGGGUUGCUGAAAAUGUUGAAAAUAAAAUUGAAAGGUAUUUCACUGUAAUUAAUAUAGAUUACAUAGAUCUGAAGAAAAAAAACAUCAGUGCUACAUUUGAACUCAGGGAUGUUAUGAACCCUAUUGCACCCCUUAAUUGCGUAUGUACAGAUUGAGACAGAGAAUGAUAGAGAGUUCUCGUAGUCGAUACAAUACACUUAACAUUGAUCUUGUAGACUUCGCACAUUUUUUAUUUGUUUUCAUUGCACACGUAUAGGUAUUACAUGUUGUAUUUAAUUUUAGUAUGUACUUAAUCGUUAAUAUAUGCUCAAAAAAAAUAUUGUUAAAUAUAGAAAAAUGUGUGGAUCACGUGAGCAGUACCUGUUUUGUUCGCGUCCAUAGUACAAUACGAGAACGUAAAAUUCUUGUACAAUAGAUAUUUUAUAACUUCACAUUUGAGCAUAUAACAUCUUGUCAGUAUGUGACGAGAAAAAAUAAACAAUAGAAUAAUUUUGCAAAGACAACAGUAAAAUAGGUAGUAAAAUAAAUCUUGCGACAUGAAUUGUUAAAAAUAUACUAAAAUUCAAACCAAAGCGAAAAACGAAAUUGGUAUUUUAUUUAUUUAUAUUAAAUAUUUUUAAGAACAUUAGAAUAAUAAAGUUGACUUACAAAUGCGAUGUGAAUAUAU